AUGGCCUGCUUAGCUCGUGCGAGCCAUGCAGGAGAUCUAAACUCAAAUGUGAUCACUCAAUUCCUUGUGGUCGGUGUCGGCGUAGAAAGAGACCGACUCAAUGUAAUUUUAUCAUCAGAAGUCGAAGAUCCUCCUAGGAACAAUACCAGGAUCUCAUCCAGCAGAACUCCGGCUCCGACUUAUCGUUCGCUGAGUCAGUCAUGGUCAAGUAAAUCAUCGUCCCACCAGAAUAGAGAUCACGGGCAUCAUGUUUCUGAAGGGCCUCUACGGGAGCGGUUCAUUGCCAACUGGAUGAAGAAGACCGUAUCAUCCCCCGGUGCUGGAGUACUUGGUCCGACUAGCUAUUCAGCGGUCUAUGACGAGGGUGAAGAAGUGAUCAAAUCGCCUACAGUCACUACAUCAUUCCGUGACUUUUCAAAAUCAUUGAGACGUAACCAAAUGUUGGUCGAUGAUACAGAAAUUCAAGUAGGUGCGGAGCUUUUACUCUUCCUGUACGAGGAUUUUACACUCUAUGAGCGCAUGUCAAUAUCCAAGUUCAACCAUUGUGAAGGAUACAUUUUCGCGCCUGCUGUUCUUCGACUCCUCUUUGCUUCGGUCAGACAAAUGUUAAACAACGCUAUCAGAGAUGAAUCUGAUCCACUCUCCGAUCUUCUUGAGUUAUCCAAAAAGAUAUUUGAGAACUGCUCAAAGACCAUCCGUGUCGACGCGCAUAUGACACCACAGGAUUACUUUAUUUCCAUGCCUGAUAGAUGGGAGGUCAUUGGCGUAAUAUUUUCGAUCAUUGGCUCGAGCUCAUUUCUUCUUCCGGCUUCUGACAUGAUGAAUCUACAUCCAAAUUCGGCGAAUGUAGACCGCCAAAGUCUGGCACUGGUGAGCAUCUCUGCAGGAGAAAAGUGUCUCAAAUUUUGUGAUAAUGCCGGCGUGAUGUCUGAGCCGCUCUCUUGGGCUUUACUUGCGCAUGCUGCGCUACUUACCUACGUGUACGGCGAUCACGACUACCAACCUUGGAAAGUUCUAGGCAACCUUUCCACGCUAGUUUACUCUCUUGGCUUCCAUCAAAGAGAGAAUAGUGAGAUGCUACCGUUCUUCCACAUCGAACAUCGCAAACGACUCUUGCUUGGAGCAUACUUAGUCGAUAAAGAAUUGGCGACGUUUCUUGGACGUCCGCCAAGGAUUAGCUGGCGACAUAUUGAUGUCGAUCUUCCUCUUGACAUUACGUAUAACGAACUCCUUGCCGAGCCCGAAAUCAGAGAUGCUGCAAUUGCACGGUUGGAUCAGGAUGGAUGGAACACACAGGGUAUAGUGUCGCGGAUCACAUUCGCUCGUGCAAUGUACAAAAUGGGCCGAGUCAGGGAGCUUGUGCUUGAAUUGUCUCUGAAUUCCCGCCACGAGGAUUUAGACAGAAAAAUUCUAGAAACCACAAACUUGGCGGCAGAGAUUCGUAGCAAAUUGCCACCACGCCUUAACAGUUCUCAGUUCCUUGAUGGUGUGACUAUAGGAGAGUCGGAGUCGAACCUGAUGGCACGUAUAUUUCACUUGGAGUGUCUGUACAACGAGUUGAUUAUGCAGAGAAUUCUUGUGAAGAGAACUGGCCAUGAAUCUCUCGGAUUACGGAGUAUUGCCCAUGAGAUGUUAAACAAUCUGCUUGUUCUCAAUGGAAACCGUGCUCCUGAUGGAAGAGACAACAAUACAGUGGCUUGGAAUACAUCUUUCUAUGGACUUCCUUCCGCAGGGGUUCUAGCAAUCGAACUCCUUCGUCAAUCUCAAAGCCCUCAUCCUGAUCCAAGUUUUCCUCGCUCUGAAGUUAUUCAGAAUCUGAGUAGAUUUGUCGGAGACCUGGAAUUCGCCAUUCAACGAGAAGCCGGCAACUACGAAAUUUGUCAACAUGCCCGGAAACUAAUUCGUAGUAUUCUAGAUCGUGUUCUCGCAGUACCUCCAGCAUCACUGAAUCCCGCAAGUGCAGAGAUGAGCCCCAUGCCUAUUGAAUGGCUGGGCAGUGAUGAUAUCUGGUUGAACCAGGAUCCGGAGUUCAUGAGGUGGAUAAAUAACUUUGAUUGGAAUCAAGAACCAUCUAUUGGCGUAUAAGAUGUUAUCGGGUUGUGGUCCACUUGAGUUCAUGUUCAUGAGAUAUCAACAUAUGACGUUUUUGUUAUCUGUUGGGAAUAUCACCUCACAUCACAUAUCACCUUUGCCAGCUAUUUACAUCCAUACUAGAUCAUCUAGUA